AUGUCUUCUGUACCGAUUGCUGGACUACAGCCGAUCGUUUUGCCAACGACACCUGUUUGGACGACUGCACACUUUCCGGACUUCAUGCGAUCACCGAUGAUUCUGCCGAAAAGUGGACCACUAGUUCCUCAGCCGAUGGUGAAGACUCCCAUUGUCCCCACGUCAAAACCUCAGAUGAAACAUACGGUCACCAACAUUCUUGGUACGUCAAACAAGGUGAAUGUUGACCCGUUGAAUCAUCGAAAUUCAUCGCCAUUCCAAUUUGUCAAAAAGGAGAACACCUUGCCGUAA